AUGCAGUGGACCGCAGCACUGCUGGCGGCCGCGGCCCUGGCGCCCGGCGUCAACUCGGCAGCCACUCUGCGCUUCUCGUGCGCUCAGCUCGUCGUUGACCGGCUAGAUCCUCUCGUCAACCCCGGCAUGAUACCCUCGCCCCAUCUGCACCAGGUCGUCGGCGGAAACGCUUUCAACGUGACUAUGGACCAUGAGCUGCACGACCAGGCUACGACGGCGACGUGCACCAGCUGCAUGCCGACCGAGGACUUCUCCAACUACUGGACCGCCGUGCUCUUCUUCCGGGCCCGCAACGGCACCUACAAGCGCGUCAACACCAUGGGCAACGGGCUCGGCUACACGGCCUCCAACGGCGGGCAGACGGUCUACUACCUGUCGAGCGGCAAGGUGACGGCCUUCCGUCCGGGCUUCCGCAUGACGGUGGGCAACCCGGCGUUCCGGACGGAGGCGCAGGCGAGGCAGAACCCGUCGCUGCAGUUCACCUGCCUGGACAGCCCCAUGACGCGCACGGGGUACCGCUACGACUUCCCGACGACGCCGUGCAAGGCCGGCAUCAUGGUGACGGUGCGCUUCCCGACCUGCUGGGACGGCAAGAACGUGGACAGCCCGGACCACCAGUCGCACGUGGCGUACCCGAACGGCAACAGCUGCCCGGCGUCGCACCCGGUGGCGAUCCCGCAGGUGUUCUACGAGACCUACUGGGACACGCGCCCGUUCAACGACCAGUCGCUCUGGCCCGAGGACGGCUCGCAGCCGUUCGUCUGGUCCUUCGGCGACCCCACCGGCUACGGCAACCACGGCGACUACAUGUUCGGCUGGAAGGGCGACGCCCUCCAGCGCGCCAUGGACGCCAACUGCCAGAGCGACCUCUUCAGCGACAACGUCAACUGCCCCACCCUCAAGCUGCAGUCCAUCCCCGACACCAACAAGUGCACCCUGCCCCGCCGCGUCCACGAGGACAUCGACGGCUGGCUGAAGGAGCUGCCGGGCGCGUCCAUGCAGAACAUGUCGUGA